AUGAUGAAAACAAGCUCGUUGACCACAACGCUUCUCAAUCAUCUAACCCCGACUCAGACCGUUACUGGUUGCACACCAUCAACACAUUCAUCAUCUUCGGCCGCAUCAUCAGGAUCCGAGUUGGAAACUGUUUCAUCCAUAUCACAUGGUUCUUCUCGUCAAACAACAAUCAACACAUUGGCUCAGAAUGUUCAUGAUCAAACGGAUUCCGUCGAACCAGAGGAUUCAAGUGAAGCUCUAGUUAACACAAUUGACAAACUCAAACGUGAAUUAGUCGCGUUGAAGCAAGCGAAGACACAGUUGGAAACUUUAUAUAAAGCGAAAUCUAAAUCUGAUCUCGAUAAAUCAGCGAAGAUUACUAAACUUCGUCUUCAAUACGAACAUGAACUCAAUGUGUUUUGUAAAGAAGAUCAGAAAGAUCUUGUCUCCUAUUUACAACGGCAGUUACUUUUACGUGAUCAACGUAUCGCUGAACAAUCAUAUGACAUCGAACAAUUAAAAACGUGGUCAGUGCCAGAGACUGUUCAUGAUAAUAAUGAAACUGCCAGUAAGAAAAUUGCACCAGUACAAAUAUUACGAAGUAGUGAUCCUGAUUUGGUUAUUUCUACGGUAAUGGCUGGAGACGAAGCUAAACAAGGCGGUGGAAAAUCGAGCGGUGGUGAUGGUGGUGGAUCAAAACCAGCUGACAAAGAAAAUAAAGCAAAUAAAAACGAUGCUGGAGGUGCUCCCAAAGCAGGCGGUGGAGAUAAAGGCGGAAAUAAAGGUGGAGCAGCGUCAAGUGGUGCUGAUAAAGGUGGAGACAAAGGUGGUGCCAAGAAUAGUGGUGACAAAGGAGGAGCUUCGGGUGGAGCUGAUAAAGGUAGUGCCAAAGGCGGCGAUAAGGGAGGCGAUGCCAAAUCGGGCGGUGGUGACAAAGGUGGAGAUAAGAAAGAAGCGUCUGGUGGUGGUGGUGGUGAAUGGGAAGGUGGUGAUCCUGAAAAGGGUGCAAAACUAUUCAAAACGAAAUGUUCUCAAUGUCAUACUGCUGAAAAAGAUGGCGGUAAUAAACAAGGACCAAAUCUACACGGUUUGUUUGGUCGACACACUGGUUCAGUUCCUGGCUUUAAUUACAGUGAUGCUAACAAAAACAAGAAUAUCACUUGGGGUGGUGAUACUCUUUGGAUCUAUCUAAAAGAUCCCAAGAAAUACAUUCCAGGGACAAAAAUGAUUUUCGCUGGUUUGAAAAAGGAUGAGGAACGAAAGGAUCUAAUUGCUUAUCUAAAACAAGCAUCUAGCGACUAG